GCUAUUAAGCCAACUCCAUGUAAUUUUUGUGUGCUGUGAUUUUUUUAGUGAUAUAUCUCUCCAACUGUCCUAAAAAAGGUCCAGGAUGCCUAAACAAAACUGCCCACGUUUGAAGCUGUGUGUGUCUCUCAGCUGCCCUCCCUGGUUGUCUGUCUUUGUGUUAUGCACAGCAAGUCUCCUCAGCACAGAACUGGGAUGUGCAAGAGGCUUGCAGCUGACUUCCACCGGUCCCCAGACGAUCCAGAGAGCCGAGGGAGACAGUGUGAUUUUGGGCUGCACCUACACACCGGGCCUGAUGGACACUGGAGAGCUUGAUAUAGAGUGGUCUGUGGUCAGCCCAGACACCACCCAGAAAGACGAGCUGCUCAUGUCCUUUACCGGCGGCACAAAGUACAUCCAUACUAAUCAUGCUCUUGCAAAAGGGCUUGACUUUGCUGCCGGCGACCCGUCAAUGGGUGAUGCAUCACUCUCAAUUGCUGUGCUGUCCCAUGCCCAUAGUGCUACCUACCAGUGUAAGGUGAAGAAGUCACCCGGCGUGGACAUGCGCAAGGUGUCACUGGCGGUAAUGGCAAAGCCCUCUGUGCCUAAGUGCUGGGUGGAGGGAGGAGAGUUGCUGGGGGAAGCUGUCUCCUUGCAUUGCAAUUCUGCAAAAGGCUCCACUCCCUUAAAUUACAUGUGGAAAAGAGAAAGGGGAGGCCUGAUCCCUGCUAUAGCCACACAGAAUAGUGUAACCGGACAGCUGGAAAUUAGAAACCUUUCGCAGAGCUUUGCAGGAAUCUAUCUCUGUGAAGUCACCAACGCUGUGGGAGCUGAACAGUGUAGGAUAAAUUUGAAAGCACACAAACCUCCAAACAGAGCGGCGGUGAUCGUCGGCACCGUUGUGGGUUCUGUGCUCCUCGUCAUCCUCCUACUGCUUUUCAUCUGGCUUCUCCUCUGCAAGAUCAGCGACAGACCCCGAUAUGAAAAGGAAGUCUCCAAUGAGAUCAGGGAGGAUGCCCCAGCCCCUGAGAGCCGCCCUACCAGUCGCGGCACAAGCCGGAGUGCCAUCCGGCACCCAGAGGUGACAUACAGUCCGGUGGGCAAGUCAGAGCUGAGCAACUUUGACGACGGACGCACGUACACUCCCUCCACCAACAGCCCUCUAUACACACCAAUCAAAUAUGACAGCAAGUGCGGCUGUGCAGUUUGACAUAAACAAGGGCCACACUGUUCUGAACAGCCUCCAUUUGAACUGGAAAGCAUUUACCUCUCAUUUUUAAUGUUUGCAUAUUAGCUGCGAAGAAAGUCUCUUGACGCUCCUAACUGAAUAUUUGGAGCACUGGCAAUCUUACACAGAGCCUAAUUAGAUUACUGUGCUCUCAGAGAAAGUCUUGAAGUUCAAAGCCUGGCAGUAUGAAGAUUUGAAGAAGAUAACACUGUUCAACUUAAUUGCUUUAACUUAAUCUCAGUCACAUAGGAUGUUUUGUGCUUUUUCAAGUUACUGGUAGAUAAUGCAGAAGGCGAGCAUAAUCAUUUCUAACUCAUUCAACAUGCAGGUGAAAGUCACUGUCUGUAAUGAGGUUAGUGUUCGUAAUGUGUUUAAUGUGAAGCAGAAGUUCCUGCAGACAAAGGCUUUC